UUCACAUUUACGUCUGGUCUCGUCUCGUCUGGUUUUGUCUCCGACGCAACAUCGGAGUCUGAGUUGGACCACAGGGGAACGAAACAGUUUGUGAAGUUAUCGUUAUCGUAAUACACACAUAUAGCAAAGAUGAAAGUCACUUUGGCAUUAGCGACUUUCUGCCUGGUGGCCGCCUGUGCCGAUGCCCAAAAGGGCAGAACCACAACAACCACAGCGACCAAGCCGGGCCGCUUCCUCUCACUGCCCGUGCCCGCCAAGUGCGCCAGCCGCCCCAAGGAGUUCUCCUACCGCGGCAAAAACAUGUUCCUAAGCACCCAUGUGCCCGCUCUGGCCAACAGGAAGGUCGAUUGGUUGGAUGGCCGUAAUCUGUGCCGCGAAUACUGCAUGGAUCUGGUCGCCCUGGAGACCCAAGAGAAGAACAACCUCAUCUUCCGUGUCAUCCAACAGAACGAUGUGCCCUACAUCUGGACCGCUGGCCGCAUUUGCGAUUUCGCUGGCUGCGAGAACCGUCCCGAUUUGGAGCCCAAGAACGUUUACGGUUGGUUCUGGUCCGCAACUCGCGAGAAGAUCCAGGCCACCAACCGCAUUCCACAGGGAUGGGGCUACAACCCAUGGUCGCAAACCGGUCACAAGAAGCGUCCACAGCCCGACAAUGCCGAGUACGACAUUAACCAGACCAAGGAACAGUGUCUGUCGGUGUUGAACAACGUGUACAACGAUGGCAUCGCAUGGCACGACGUUGCCUGCUACCACGAGAAGCCUGUCAUCUGUGAGGAUAACGAGGAGCUGCUCCGCUAUGUGGCUGCCACAAAUCCCGGCAUUCGUCUAUAAGUUGUUUCCGGCAGCUGAUCAAGCUGAAAGCUUCGUAUUGUUUGUGUAAUUUUAAAUCAAAAAAAAAAAAAACUACUUAUUAUAAUACUCCCUGAAUGAGUUUUUUGUAUAAUUUUUUGUUUAAAUUGUGUGUGUACGACGAAUGCAAGACAAAUAGACUUUAGAAUUUAUAUAAUUUCACACACCGAUCUUACCACCUAUAUACACAUCUUUCCAUGCACAUCAGGCACACACUCUCCACUUGGGAGAGGAAUGUCCUCACUUGCAAAACUUCAAAAUUCACACAAAACUAUCCUUUCGAAACUGCCAAUUUUACACGUCGAAUUGUAUUUAUAUUUAUGUAAAUAAUAUAAAAACAAAUCUUAAAAUUGUUAA